GAGGAAUCAGGAUCCAGCUCAGAGGACCUUCAUACAGUAACGGGACAGUCCGUCCUGGGGCUUUAAACUUUACUUUAACCCGCUGAUAUGGACUAACGGGAGCGGAGGACGUCACUCUAAAGCCCGGGCCCCUCCCCUCUGCGGAGGCCUGCUGGCACCAUGGCAUCCCGGCUGCUGGACCGUCUCAAGCGCUCGCUGUUCAAAGAUGGUCAGGGGGCGGGACCAGAGCAGGAAGCAGGAGUUGCACAGGAAGAGGAGGAGGAGGAAUCAAGAGAGGACCGCUGGGAAGCGGAGCUAGAGGAGGAGGAAGAGUGCGUGACGGACCGCCUCGGAGGGACGCUCUGCUUCGACAGUGGAGGAGUUGGAGCGGAGGAUGGAGGCGAGGGAGAAGGAUCUGGGCUCGACAGCGACUCAGACUUCAUGGGAGAGUCGAUGGAGGAGGGGCUUAGCAGCACAGAUGCCAGUCCAGUGGGCGUGUCCCCAGUUGCCCCCUCCCCUUCCUCCCUGCUGACUCGGCAGCUGCAGGAGAGCUGGAGGAGCCUGCGUGGACUCGGAGGAGGAAGCACUUCACCAGGCGGGAGGAAGAUGACGGACAGUUUGAUGUUUGAGGUGACGGACGCCAGCGUGGUGCAGGACGGCUCGUCCAAAUACGUGCUGUACACCGUCCAUGUAAUCCAGUCCGGCGGCAGUGAUAAGACUCCUGCCAUCAUUACUCGCAGAUAUUCGGACUUCCAGCGGCUCCACGCCACACUGCGCCGUAACCAUGGAGACCAGAUGGAGCGUGUCUGCUUCCCACGGAAAAAGCUGAGGAGUAACUUCACCGCAGAGACGAUCGCCAAACGAAGCCGUGCGUUUGAACAGUAUCUGUCUCACUUAUGUUCCCUGACUGCCCUGCGGGGGGCGCUGUGCGUCAAACAGUUCUUCUACCAGACCGACCUGCAGACCGCCCAGCUGUUCAUCAGGGUGGGACGUUACCAGGAGGCUUUGGGUCCGCUGCUUAACGCCAAAAGACUGCAACACAAACUGGGCUGGGCAAGUUACUAUGACAACCAGGCUCAGACCCCGCCCCCUAUUCCUUCUCCUUGGUUCUUCACAUUGGUGGGGCUGUCAUGUUGUUUCCAAGAGGUGGAUCAGCUGGAGGAGGCAAGGGAUCACUGCGACCUUGCCCUGCGCGUUCUAACCCCCGCUGACGAUAAGCCCCUCCCUCUCAGCGACAAACCACAUCCACUUAGUGAAGGGACACAGCUGCACACGGACAGGCCACACCCCCUGUUGCUGCCAUUGUUACGGGCGGUGGUUCGGCUCUCGUGGCAGACGGGAAAGGACAAACGUCAGUGGGAGGAGCUCCUGCAGCAGAUGGAGGAGCAGUGGGCGGGGCUUGACAAUCAGCCAACAGUCAAGGAGUUUCUGGUCAAACACAACCUGGAAGAGGGCGAGGGGGAGGGCUAACAUGCCGCAUGUCAACGCACGCCAUCACUGCAGAGUACAAUCACUAAACUGGUCAAACACAGCCUGGUUGUUGUAGGGUUAGGGCGAGGGUUUAGGGCUAACAAGACCGACAUAGUCUGGCUGUAGAUGCUUCAUCUAAGACGCCGUAUAUCUCAGAAAGGACAUACACGUGAAAUAGCAAAAGUAGCGUAGCUAUGUUAACUUUAGCUAAAGCUUAAAAAGCUAAAGCAAACCUUUUUUGUGGUAAUACUUCUAAAACAAGUUUAUCCAUAGUUGAAUCCUGGAUUAGACCUCUGACCUUUUCCGUAUUAUUUAUUUAAAAUGUUGCUUCGUCUGUAAUAUUUGCAACGUGGUUAAUCCACGGAUUUAACUGCCAGACUUCAAGAAAAAAUCCGAAAUUUUAAAAAUGCUGUACCAGCAAAUUACGGCAGAUCCUUUCUGAGAUAAAUGCCAUCUUAGAUAAACAAUCUGUAGCCAGACUCUUCUCGACAUAACACAUGCACGCCAUCACUGCACAGUGCAAUCACUAAACAUGACAGCCAGAGGAAAAUCAAAAAACAUGAUUUUAAGAUAAAAAUGGUUAAACUACUGCUACUUUGAGGUAACUUUAGUAAAUCCAGGAAAAGUCAGAACAUUUACAAAGAAAAACAAGAACCUCUUAACUCUCCUUAUGAAAAUAUUUAACCUAAAACCAGGGAUGAACCAAAUUGGAAGGGAGUGAUAUUGGAUAUCUUUUCUUUCUGCAGGAUGUACUGCUAACUGAAAAAUACUUACCCUUAGGGAAAUGUUUUUCAGUUUUUAUCACCCACGCAUCAUGAUUUAUUUAUUCAGUCAAUGUUAAAACCUUAAAACAGGGGAUGCACCACGAAGCGAGCUCAACAUAACCAGGCUUUCUUUGGGUUAGCAAGCUUGACAAACCCUGUUUCUGUUUAUCAACACUCUGCCUCACUGCUUGGCACAAUGGUCUGUGCCCAAGCAGUUCCUUCAGUUUGGCUGAGAACAGGCAGCUUACAAGACAAACUCCCUCAUUCAGUUGACUUUUCUAUAAAGUAGGUCAGUUUAACGUGUUUCCAACAGAUAUUACAGGGUUUGUUUGUAUGCUGCUUUGUCCAGCUGGUCCGCCACUUUUUGGAAAAGGUCACUAUUACUCGUCUACCUCUUGUCCAUGUACUUUCUUAUCUUUAACUCUUUCAGCUGUCCCAACUUAAACGAGGCCCCGCAUCUGUCUAGAAACGUGGUUUUUGGUCCAGCACCUGCCAUUGAUACUUUCAUCUUGUUCUCUCUCCAGUACUCCCUGAUCUGCCGCCUUCCUGAUUUUAUGCUGCAGGUGUAUACAGUCCAACUGCCAGGUCAAAGCACAGCAGUGUUAACUCUGUCAGAUAUUUUAAAUCUAGUCUUAAGCUCUAAUCGCACAGUAUUAGUUUUACCAAGGGACCUCAACCAUGUCUGUUUGCAGAGUAAAAAUUCUAGAUCAGAUCACCAUUUGUGUAGCUUGCACACCCUCCAGCUGACUGUCCAGAUGAGCAGAGUUUUCAGCGUGCAGUGUCUUUAAUGUGGUUGCAGUUUGCCAAAAAUCAGGUAAAUUUAACCAUCUUGUUGCCUGCUUGGGAAUGAAGCUAAAAGACUGCAACAGGACGUCUAAACCUGGUAGAAUAAUACGCUUAGUUUAACAUGAUGUAAAGCCGCAGAACAAAAGCACUCAACACAUAAGCCCCUGACUGCAACCUACUAGCAACUUUUUUCGCUUUUUUAAAAAAUAUAAUUUUAUUAAGUGAUGCAAAACAAGACAGGUGAAUGAUACAAAUACUCCUAACCCUCCCUGCAACUCUAACUGCACAACAUUUAGUUUGAUAACUGUUAUCACACUUCUCUGUUGGAACAGCUGAUGAGGAGGAUAAGCAUUGGAUUUAUCAGCCGCUGACGGGAUGCCCUCGGUAAGAGCCCUGGGACGUCUUCUUAGGCGCAGAGGCAGCCAUUCUUCACGAUGUGUAAAGAACAAAGACUACUUUAUUAGAGGCUGUUAGCAAAAGAUUAAAAUAGCGCAGAACUGAUUUGUAUACACUCCCCAGUUGUGCAGCAGACGACUGCUCCUCAAAUCCUGAAUGAAAACAGGUUUAGCUGCAACACGGCAGAGAUGCUGAUCUUUGUAGAGAAAAACAUGCGUCUAACCAAGAAGUAGACUCUAAGGUAGGUAUUUCUAUGGUUGAUUUUACCCCCUCUAAAGUGAUGAUACUGUUUCCUCAUUUAUCACCGACAGUGUAGAAGUAUCAUGGAUGUUUAAUGUCCAACAGUCCAGCACUAACAGUUCAGCUUCCUUGUUGAACACUAAACUUACAUACAUUAUCGUAUUUUCCCCCGCUUUAGAUUUUUGACAGAACUAGUUCAAAUUGAUCAGUAAUUUAACAGACAUGAUGCUGAAAUGUUAAUGAAUGACUGAACAGUUCCUUUUUGCCGCUGUAUCUUUGCUAGACUUUAGUGUUUACUUCGUGGUGCAACCCUUCCACCCCCUCAUAGGUCACACAGGUACAUGAGCCCCUGGUAGAGAGGCCCGGAAACCCCUGACACACCAGGUGUGACCAACACACCUUUCUAAAGGACAUUCUACUUCUCAUAAAACAUCUUUUUGCUAUUUUUUUUAACAGAUUUAAAAUGUUUUCUCUCUUAACUGCAGUCUUCCUCCCUGCAUUCGCUUCUUUCUUGGUGCAUCACUGCCCCCUGUAGGUCAGUGGAUGAAAAAGAGAUAAUCUGCAGAACAUAUAGGAAUCAAACCAUAAAAUUAAAACUUCAGUUACAAAACUUAAGCUGCAAUAACUAACCAGUAAGAUAAUCUUAAAUUUGCAAUCAAUAACAAAGUAAAGAAUGGAACUAAAGCAUGAUGCAUCAAAUAAAUAAGCAUUUAUUAACCUCAUUGAAUAAGCAUUAAUCCAGGAUUUUCAGCCAAACAUUAUAAUCUGUUUGUGAAUACAGCCACGAUUGUUUCCUGGAUGUCUUGAUUACUGAAGGUUUUGAGGGAUUUUACUGCACUUUUGAAAUCAUAAAUGAGCAUUUUAGAUGUUUUUUUCUCACCUCCUGUGGGUGUUUUUCUGUUUCCAAAAGGCAUAGAAUCACAGAAGCACUAAUGAAACUUUAGUCCUCCCACACAUCAGCCGACUCUUUCACUCACCAUCAGGAGGUCCACAUGUUCAAGGGAAAAACUCUGCUGCUUUUUCAGUGCCGAUUGUGUCUUUCUAAGUGGAUUUGGUUACUAUAGUGACAUGUGGUUUUAGCGGGUUUAAUGAGCUGGAGUGGAUGACUGGAUGAGGGAUAAAAAUAAAUGUGAGGACAUGAUUUACAUCAGCAGGACAAAUGUUGAAAAGGUUUUAACUCCUGGAGUAAAACAUGUGACCAAUAAGGGAUGAGAGAAAGUCAUUAGCACAGUAAUGGCUAAAAACAGAGAAAAAUGAUGGAGUUGUGAUCUUAAAUAAGAGAGAGUGUUAAUGUUAGAGAAGAUGCACAUGUACAGAUUUAUAAUACAGCAGGUUUAUGAGAAAAAAAGCAUUUAAAGAUGGAAACUUGUUCAGAUUCUACAAAAACAUGACAGCUGAAAUCACUCGUGAAUCAAACAUUAUGCAAAUUUAAAAAGUAAUGUAUUAGACCCUGUUUAUACCUCACAUUAGCACCUGUUUUGGGCAUUCAGGUAUCAAGUGGUAGUCCUUUAUGCUUUGUGUGGACACACCUCAGUGAAAACUCAAUCUGAUAGCUCAGACUGCACAUCAAUGUGGUCUGGGAUGUUUUCAUCUGGUUGGAUUGGUUGUGUAGAUACACGCAUCAAAGACUGCCCUGCUGACAAAAACCAUGCCUUUAUUGAUGCCCUUCUAGCCUUGCUCAAAGUUCAGGGAUAUAGAUUACAAUAGGAGCUGGUCUUUCUGCUCCCAAAUGGCUCUUCAUUUGGUACUUUGAAACUUUGGAUCUUUAAAACAUCAACAAACAUUGGAAAAAGGAAACCAUCUCUCAAACAAGGGCCAGCCCGUAGAAUUGGCUCAUCCAAAAAUGACGUACCACAAGUUCCUCGUAACUUGUGGAACUAGCGGAGCGAGGGUUCCACACCUACUUUUCCAGAAGUUGCAAACUAUAGCAUAGUAUUUAGCAAAAAUAAAGGGGAUAUGUCCUAAACAUUCCCAACUUCACAAACAUUCCAUCCUCUGCCUUUGAUUAUGUCAUCCUUAAGAGCCUGAAGUAGUUUUUAUAAGGAUGCUUUCAUCCUUUUAAGUCUCUGAUAGGCCUUAGAAAGAUGAUGUCAUCCUUUGAAGUCUUUGACAGGCCUUAGAAAAAGGACGUCAUCUUUUGAAGUCUUUGACAGGCCUUAGAAAGAUGAUGUCAUCCUUUGAAGUUUGAUAGUUUUAAGAAAGAUGAUGUCAUCCUUUGAAGUCUUUGACAGGCCUUGAAAGAUGAUGUCAUCCUUUGAAGUCUUAG